AUGGCUCAGUGGUAGAGCAUUCCACUUGUACUGCCAAGAAAUGGCGAUGGAAAGGUCCGCGGUUCGAUCCCGCGUGGGUGCAUAGCAAUGCUUUGCUUUUGGCACUCCUUUUUGCUCCUGUUUUAUGUUUGUGCGAUAGUUAUCGCUCUGGAGUACACGCACAUACUAUCUUUUCCAUCUGAAUUACUGGGAUCUCUCAACUGCGGGUGUAGCAUAGUAUGCUUUUCUAAUAUAACUAUGCGCCUGUGGCCUAAUGGUUAAGGCAUUCCACUCUUGCUGCCAGAAACGGUGAUAGUAAUGGAAAGGUCCCCAGUUUGACUCUGCGGCAGGCGCAUUUCCUU